AUCCGAUCGGUUGACUCGCAACUGAUCAUGCGUAGUACCCCCCGAAUAUUCGGACGAGAUGAUCACAUCAUCACGCGUCCCCUAGAAAAACCCACUCCGCCGCCGCCGUCGUCGCGUCGCACGCGGCGCCCUAAAACAGCAGCCGCCGCGCCGGCCGCUCGCCACAUUCACACGAGCGGGGCCGGCCUCUCUCACGAGAGCAAACCAACAAACUAGUUCGGCGAGCGAGCUCGGUCAAUCGGGAUACCGCCAAAGAGUGCGUGCGAGUGGCAAUGGCGAUGCCGCUGGGUGGGAUUCUCCUCCUCUUCCUCGUGCUCCUCGCCGCCGCCGCGGCGGGCGGCGGCGGCGGCGUGUGGGCGUUCUCCUCGUCGUCGUCGUCGUCGUCGUAUUCCAGGAUCGGCGAGCAGCCGCUGUCGCUGAUCGGCAUCCACCGCGCGACGGUCGGCAUCGACGCCGCGGCUUCCGUGCAAGCGUCGCCUCGGCUUCUCGGUGUCAAGGGGGAAGAUACUGCCUGGGUAACUGUUGAUUUCGCAGCUCCGCAUGCGAGUGACGGCGAUUGGAUCGGAGUAUUCUCUCCUUCAAAUUUCAACGCGUCCACAUGCCCCGGUCCUUCUGGAUCAGACUCAGGACCUGUUAUAUGCUCUGCACCAAUAAAGUAUCAGCUUGCAAAUUAUUCUUCAGAUUAUGGCAAGACAGGAAAAGGCACUCUCAAGUUUCAGUUGAUCAAUCAGAGGCAGGACUUCUCCUUUGCACUGUUCACUGGUGGUCUCUCAAAUCCAAAGCUUAUCGCAGUAUCAAAUAAGAUCGCCUUCGCAAACCCGAAAGCUCCGGUUUACCCUCGUCUAGCUCAAGGCAAAUCCUGGAAUGAGAUGACUGUCACAUGGACUAGUGGUUAUGACAUCAAAGAGGCAUAUCCCUUUGUUGAAUGGGGCAUGAAAUGGAGCCCUCCUACGCGCACAGCAGCUGGCACCGUCACUUUUGAUCGCGAAAGCUUAUGCGGAGAACCUGCCCGUACUGUUGGUUGGAGAGAUCCAGGUUUCAUACACACAGCAUUCCUGACUGAUUUAUGGCCAAAUAAAGAAUACUAUUACAAGAUUGGACAUAUGCUACCUGAUGGAAAAAUUGUAUGGGGCAAAUUUUACUCCUUCAAAGCACCUCCUUUUCCUGGGCAAAAGUCACUGCAGAGGGUUGUCAUUUUUGGUGAUAUGGGAAAGGCCGAGAGGGAUGGAAGCAACGAGUACAGCAACUACCAGCCUGGAUCACUGAACACAACUGACACACUGAUCAAGGACCUUGACAACAUCGACAUUGUAUUUCACAUCGGUGACAUUACCUAUGCCAACGGGUACAUUUCCCAGUGGGAUCAGUUCACUCAGCAAGUCGAGCCGAUCACUGCUCGAGUCCCCUACAUGAUUGCAAGUGGAAACCAUGAACGGGAUUGGCCAAACAGUGGAUCUUUCUUCAAUGGGACAGAUUCUGGAGGGGAGUGUGGGGUGCUUGCUGAGACCAUGUACUACACACCCACAGAGAACAGGGCAAACUACUGGUACAAGACGGACUACGGGAUGUUCAGAUUCUGCGUGGCGGACAGCGAGCACGACUGGCGGGAAGGCACGGAGCAGUACGCGUUCAUCGAGAGCUGCCUCGCCACGGUGGACCGGAAGAAGCAGCCAUGGCUGGUGUUCAUCGCGCACCGCGUCCUCGGCUACUCCUCGGGCUUCUUCUACGGCGCCGGCGGCGCCUUCGCGGAGCCGACGGCAAGGCAGAGCCUCCAGAGGCUAUGGCAGCGGCACCGCGUCGACCUCGCCUUCUACGGCCACGUCCACAACUACGAGCGGACGUGCCCGGUCUACGACGGGCGGUGCGCGUCGCCGGAGAGGUCGCGCUACUCCGGCGCGGUGGGCGGCACCAUCCACGCGGUGGUCGGCGGCGGCGGCAGCCACCUGAGCAACUUCACCGCCGAGGCGCCGCCGUGGAGCGUGUACAGGGAGAUGGACUACGGCUUCGUCAAGCUCACGGCGUUCAACUACACGUCGCUGCUCUACGAGUACAGGCGGUCCAGCGACGGCGAGGUGCACGACAGCUUCACCGUCCACCGGGAGUACCGCGACGUGCUCGCCUGCGUCGCCGACAGCUGCCCGCCGACCAUCCCGCCGGCGACGUGAUCCAGCUCCGGUGAUUCCGCCGGCGAGUCUGCCGGCGACGUGUGCACUAUUGCUGCUUGGUGGUGCUUGCGGGCCUCGUCUGUAAUCUUGACUUGUCAAUCGUGUGUAAAUUGAAUUGCGAAAUAUUUCGAAAUUAAGUCAAAUAAAGAAAUGUUAC